AUGGGCAAUAUUUUUGAGCGUCCCACUGACCCUGGGGAUGAUGAUCUCCCGUUCCUCGUCGAACAACUACGCCUGCAAAACCACGAGGUUCAUAGGCGAGUCAAUGCACGUCGAGAGCGUCAACAGAGAGAACCUUCAUGUCGCUUCUUCGCCAAAGUGUAUUGUAAGAGAGGAGUUACCUGCAGAUUUACUCACGAUAAGCCCAACACUGAGUGGUCGGAGGAGCCCAAGCAUGACUCCCAUACUGAAAAGUGGACUCGUGAGCUCGGAGGUGCUUGGGUCGAAUUUGGAGAUGGAGCGGCUGUCACAAUAGUCUCUCUUCUUUCGGACUUUUUCGCCAUUCAAAUGCGCUAUCUGCCCUUGGGUUCGUCAGCACGAUCGGUGCAAAAGCUGUUGGCUGAUGUAGGCAUCACCCUUGUGAAAAAUCGGAAUGGAAUGGCAAUCAUCAAAGUCAAGGAUCCUGAGUUUGCAAAAUCCGCUUGUUGGAAACUACGCACCUGUAUACGAGCACCUGAUUUGGAAGUCAACCAAAUUUCGGCCCCAUUGCUAGAUGGAUCAUCAUUUGGCUUCGUUGACAGUAAGAACGUGCGCUGCUCAUGGCAUCGACCGACAAGGAAUGUGACUCUCCACUUUAUAUUUCCGGCAAAAGCAUUCGAGUCGUAUUACAAGUUCAGAAACCAGGAACUCAAAAUCGGUGGCUUGCCAGUCAUAGCCCAAAUCCCUGCCGCAAUGGAUGCCGCCCAAAAGGAUGGGCCAUGGAAGAUGGACCUGGAGGGUUUGGUGGCUAGUGUCACUUCGGAGGGUAUCACAGAUAUGUUUUCCCCGUCUGAAGCGCUUUAUUAUGUUGAGAUGGGUCAUCCGAGCUACGAAACGGACUUGGAUAUUGAUUUGAUCAUGAUAAAGUCCUUGCUAUACGAUGUAGGCGCUUUGGAACGAUGGGACGUGUUUGGAAGUCCCACAGCAAGAAGAGUCAAGGCGCAAGCCAGAUUUAUCGAAGAAUCUGAAGCCCUGAAUGCAGUUUCGCAGUUGAAUGGCACGUACUUACCGUUCAACCCAUCAGGAAAACUCUACCUUCAGCAUGUCCAUCUGGUAAAGUUCCGGGUUUCGACACGAGUCUAUUGUGUUGUUCAAGACAGCAUCGAGUCGCUACGAAAAGAUUGGGAACGACAAUUUGUUAAUUACUCUUCUCUCCUCGAGCACGGCUGCUACAGAGUUCUGAAGCUUGAGAGCCAAGAUCGUGGGCCUUUUACGCAAGCAAAAGAGGCGCUCGAACAUAUCAUCAACGGCAGAACAAUGACUUUCAACGGGAAGAACAUAUGGUCUCCCGAUUUCAGAGCAGACAGGGAGGCCUACAAGAGCUUCAGAAGAUUGAAGGGGAUCUCGAAGUUGUUAUCAUUCGCGACAUCAAAUCCUCCAAGUUUCGAGUUUUCGGCCCGGAGGACAGAAAUUCAGCCUUGCUCAACGGGGCACAAUGCUGAGCAUCCAAGGACGACAAAUGCUGCCGAGGGCGACUGUGCGGUCUGCUUAUGUGAAGCCGAUCAAGCACUCACGCUUUCAUGUGGACAUGUCUACUGCACAAUUUGCUUUGUUAAUAUGUGUCUGGUAGAAGCGUCCAUGUUCGGCGACUUCUCCAUCAAGUGCGUUGCAGACAAAGGAAAUUGUAAAAAAGCCAUUCCAUUACUGGAGAUCCAGAACCUGCUUCUAUCAGAGAUAUUCGAGAAUCUCCGCUACUGUCCAACACCCGAAUGCGCUCAAGUAUACCGCAUCGCUCAAUCAGAAACAAGCAUCCCGCCAAUCUUCACAUGCGCUAAAUGCAUGACGGCAACCUGCACGAGUUGCCAUGUCUCGCACCCGAGAAAGACAUGCGCACAGUACAAGGGUAACGCGUCUGGUGGCAUGGCAGAACUUCUCAAAGCAAAGGAAGAGCUGGGCUUUAAAGACUGUCCUAAAUGUAACACGCACAUACAGAAAGAUGAAGGCUGCUUUCAUGUAAACUGCUCGGCCUGUGGAACUGAUAUUUGCUGGCUCUGCUUGGAAACCUUUAGAGAUGGUGAAGAGUGUUAUCGGCAUAUGGGGAGGAUACACGGGGGGAUUGGUGACGAGUGA